CGUGAGACGGUGCGAAGAUAUACGGUCUCUUGAAGAGAAGACAGUCAGUAGCCUAUUAGACAACAUAGAAUAGAAGACACGUAGCCUAAUCUCACAAAACCUGGUUUAAAUUACAGGUUGGCAUAAAAUAGGCCAAAAACCGUUGGUGAUAUAUUAAUCGGUGUCCUGGAACUGACCGAAUUCAAGAAAUAACUUGCGUAACAUCGGGUGCUGCAAUGUCCGGUGCACCUGGACCAAAGAACAUGAUCAAAGACAAACACUUUGUGGACCAUCACCGGACGGCCCUGAUCGACAGAGUGAGCCAGGUGGAACCCCUAUUGGAUAGACUCCUGGAUAAGGGAAUCAUUACCCAAAACUCCUACAGUGAAGUGAGGGCUAACAGAACCAACCAGAAAAGGAUGAGGGAGCUUUUCGAUGGCCCUCUGAAAGCAUGUGGGCCCAAAGGCAAAGAUAUAUUCUUAGAUAUCCUGAUGGAUUUGGAGCCAUUCCUGAUCAGUCACCUGAAGGGAGAAUAAUGAGGAUAUGAGCCAUUUUUUUAAGGCAUGCAACAAAAAUAUGAUGAUAAUAAUGCACUCUGUUUGACAGUGUAUUCUUAAAUUGGAAAAAAUGAAUUGUCUCCAAAGUUUGCAAUAAAUUAAACAUUUUAUAUUGA